UUGAGUUUAGUUAUGCGCGAACCAGAUGAAUGUUCAGAAUCUAAUCGUGGACGUAGCGGGCUUGUUGUACAGAUACCUGAAGAACCUUCUGAGCUGGUUUCAGUGAAGGUUUUUAUUAAGACCUCCAAUUGUCCAAAACGUGUUGAACUUUGUAGUGGUUGCUCGAAUAAAAUAAAACAAUUCCUUUGCGGUGAAUCUCCAGACAACGAUCUUAAUGAAGAACUUAAUGCGUCAUUUUGUAAUUCGGAUCAAAAUCAUGUCAAUGAACGAGUAACUACUAAUUCACCUUUAGAAGGAGUAAAUGGAGUUUUAAACGGGACUGAUUCUUUAAAGGAUAACAACAAUGAACAAAAUUCUAUUGAGGACAUAAAUUCUAAUGAAGUUGUUAAUGAAACUCAAGAAUUUACUAAUUGUGAUGGUUGUUUGGUUUCUGAUGUGGAAGUUGACUCAAUAAAUAAUUUUGUUGAAACUGAAACAAAUAAUUUGUUAGAAGAAAUUGACCUUGCAAAUUCGCCUAUUCAAAUAACAACAUGUGUCCCACCAGCUCUUUCAACGAAUGAGGUCAAUAACGAACAUCAGAAAAAUCCAAAUAAUGAAAUUAAUAUUGAUUAUGGACACUCUACUUCUAUGGAGAUUGAUAAAAUUUUGGACAUAGAUGGUGGUGUUAGUGAAAUUAUUUCAAAUAAUUUAAUGAAAGAUAUAAGCAUUGACGGAGCGUUUGAAAAUCUUAACUCGGCAAUAAGUACCAUUAAAGAGCAACAAAUAAAAAUAAUCAAUGAAGCUGAUGAAGAAGCGAUAGAGAAGUGUGGAAUGCGGAAUUGCGAAGUGAUAAUUAAAAAUUCUGAUUUUGAUCGGCUUGCAAAAAUUAUAGAGAGUGGUCAAAGGCGAAAGAACAUUAUUAAUAGCUCUGUAGAGGAUGACGAUAUCAACGCCGAGUUAGACAGACAAAUAAGGAAGGUGGAUAAUCUUUUACGUGGAGGAAAUCGUAAAUCAAGGAAGAAUGAUAUCCCUUCCCCUAAAGUUUAUGAUACUGAAUGUGAGGAUAGUGAGCACGUAAAUGAUGAGAACGAAAAUCAAUCUAGUGCUGCUUCGUUUGUAUCAGAUUCUCAGAAACCAAAAAAUUCUGUUCUAAGAAAGCGUAAUUUGAGAUCACUCCUUGCUAAACAAUCAAAAAAUUCGAGCGAAAAUGGAAGCAAUGCAAGUAGUGAUUGGCUUUCAAAGAAUAAUGCUGAAAAAAGUGAGGCUUCUACUGAGAGUCCUGACGAAAGUGAUUCUGACACAGAUGAUACUUUUGUUGAAGCACCGAAGUUGACGCCAGCUCAACGACAGGCUGACGCGGAAGUGAGACGUUUACUUCGUGAUACUCGCGUUAAAAUUUCUGAUAGUGAUGAUUCUGAUGCUACUGUAAUAAAAACUGAUGGAGAUGAUUCUGAUAGCGACUCAGAAAGAAAGAAUCGAAGAGCUAAAUCCAAAAGACUGAAACUCAAGGAUCCUAAUUCUGAUGAAAAUAACGUUUCAAAUAAACCGUCCUCUUCUAAAAUAAUUUCACCAGACGAACCAAAAAAACGAAUGACUGCCAAAAAAUCUCAUAUAGGCAAAAAUCGCAAAGGCACAAAUUUGGACGGUCCAAAUAGGAAGAAAAGGCGGAUUAUUUAUUCUGACGAUGAUGGAGAUGUUCAUUCAUUAGAUGGAGACGAAAAUAACAAAAUUAGUGAUGAGGAGAAUUUUCCAAAACAAGUAGGCCGAAGAAAAGUUAUUCCGAAGGAAAAAUUGGCUCAAGCGACUAAGGACGCGGAGAAAGCUGAAAAGGAGCGACGAAAGCGGUUAGAGGAGAAACAGCGCGAGUUCAAUGGGAUUGAAAUGAUCAUUGAUGAGUCUGGCAAUACAUCUCUAAUCAGUAUAAUGAACAAUCUGUUACCAAAUUGAAAAAUAUCAUUUUGGACCGAGACAGUGAGAGUGAAGCACCAAUUCCCGUUCGAGUACAUCCAUUUCUCGUCAAAGUGUUAAAGAA